CUCUGCUGUCAUGACCUGCAGGUGGGCUUCAAGUGGCGGUCAUCCAGGGGCUCAUCCCUGCAAGUCCCAUCUUCCCGCGCCAUUGGCUCUGCUGGCUGGUGCUCAUGGGACUUCGAGUCCCAAACUUGAAGGGCCGCAGCUUGUCCAACCCCUGCCCGGUUGGCUGUUGCAGGGAUGCUGCAGCAGGAAGGACCGACCUUCCCCAGUCUCAUGGGGGCGGGAGGUCUCCAGAUGUAUUGGAUUGCAAGUCCCAUAAUCCCACAACCAGGGAUUCUGAUAGACUCAACAGGCCUUUGGCAGGAAAGAAGUUCUCUACUUGUGCUUUACUUCUUCAAACAGGAAAAGAAGAAUCUGCCUUCUCGCCCUUUCAGCAGCCGCUCAAGAGAUGUGGCAGAGGGUGGAUUGUGCACGUCGCUGCACAGUAAAUUUAAUGUCAGGUUGUAAAAGCAGUCAUGUGGGCACAUGGUCCUCUGAUGCUGUGAUCAACUCAGGCUCUUAGGACGGGAUAGAGCGGCUGUUUGUGACAGACGCAGUUGUCAGAUGCACCGAUGCCACGGAAAAGCAGAAGGAAGUGGUGACCCACAGAGCCAGUGUGCAAAGGCAUGUGCGGCCCCCGCGUUCACAGUCACUUUGGGACCUGAUUUGCACCCCCUUUGCUGGUGCAUUCCUGCACCUUGGAAAACCCAGUCUGUGCAAUUCUGCGACAGAGGCUUGGAUUCUACUUCAUGUACAUCCUGUUAGCUUUUAGACCAAUUCUGCCUUUAGCUGCCCAGUCAAAGUUGGUGCAUUUCCCCCUCCUCUUUUCUUUUUGCAAAGCUCUGUCGCGGAAAAAAACAUGAUGGAAGAGAGCGGGAUAGAGACAACUCCCCCCGGAACCCCCCCACCAAGCACAGCGGGGGCUGCUCCUCCCCCCAGCCCUCCUGUCUCACUAGCUUUACCCAGACCUCCCUCUGCUCCAAAACUCCCCCCGCCCUCCCCUUUCCCCUCUCAAACGUUCUCCUCGCCUUUGCCUCCCGCAGUCUCCUCUCUGCCCCCCGUGACCCCCCCAGCAGCUUUGCCCUUUGUCCCCUCCGCUCCCAUUUCUACAGGUGCGCCCCAUGGAACGCCUGCCUCGCCUGCUGUCCCGCCUCCAACGGCAUCGGCUUUUAGCAGCCCCGUUCCGCAGUUCUCAGCCCCGCCACCACUAAGCUCGACUCCUGGCCCCAUUCGUUCUGCACCUCCCACCGGGCCCCCGAUCUCCGGGUUCUCUGCUGCUUCCACCUACGACAUCACCAAGGGUCACGCCGGGCGAGCCCCACAGACGCCCCUGAUGCCGUCCUUUUCAGCACCUGCAGUCCCAGGUGUCUUGACCGCCCCGGCACUGCAGCAGGCCUCCGUGCCAUCGCCGUUGGGAGCUGGCCUUGGAAGCGUCUCUUCGAUCACCUUCCCGGAGGAACACGAAGCCCCUGGGGCUGUUGGCGUCUCGAGCGACACGGCCGCCGGAGGACUCUGGGGCUUUAUCAAGGGUGUGGCUGGGAAUCCCGUGGUGAAGUCGGUGCUCGAUAAAACCAAGCACUCGGUCGAGACGAUGAUCACAACACUGGAUCCUGGCAUGGCGCCGUAUAUCAAGUCAGGAGGAGAGCUGGACAUCAUUGUCACCUCCACAAAGGAUGUCAAGGUGGCCGCAGUCAGAGAAGCUUUCCAGGAAGUUUUCGGAAUGGCCACCGUAACCGGAGAAGCGGGCCAAGCCAACAUCGCCCCACAGCCCGUUGGCUACGCAGCCGGCUUGAAAGGAGCCCAGGAAAGGAUCGACGGCUUGCGCAGGACAGGCCUGAUCCACGAGAAACAGCCUGCUGUCUCUGUUGAAAAUUUCAUUGCAGAAUUGCUUCCCGACAAGUGGUUUGACAUUGGCUGCCUUAUCGUGGAGGAUCCAAUCCAUGGCAUUCACCUUGAAGCAUUUACACAAGCAACUCCAGUGCCUCUGGAAUACGUACAUCAGGCUCAGAGUUUGACCCCUCCAGAUUACAACCUAAGAUGGUCGGGCUUGCUGGUGACGGUGGGAGAAGUGAUAGAGAAGAAUUUGCUGCAUGUCAACAGGACGGACUGGCACGUCGCAUUUACCGGCAUGUCCCGCCGACAAAUGAUCUACAGCACUGCCAAAGCCCUUGCGGGAAUGUACAAGCAGCGUUUGCCACCGAGGACCGUUUGAUGGGCGACUCACCUCUUAGCACCGCAGAAGACUCACUCCAUAGCCCGGGGCUGAAAAGAAGCGGUCGCAUCUUCAGUAAUUUCACCUCUCCUGGUGCGGUUUGGCUUUGCGUUUUGUUUGUUUUGUUUUAAAGGCGAAGGUAUCGAGGUGUCCUUCGGAGAAUGGAAAUGAACAAUUCUUAAUUAGUUCACCUGAUCAAACAAUUGGGAAAACUCUAAAAACGAAUGAGCAAGCGUAUUUCUUGCACAGUUAAAAAACGGUUAAAGGGAUGGGAUGUGGUCUUCCUUUCAAACACUAAAGAGACGUUUGAGACAGUCAAGAUUUCUUAAACGGGCAUAUUGCGAUGUAAUUGUUGCUGCAGAAAUUCCUUCUUCGCUGCAGCGAACAAUGGACUUUUGGGAGUCCAGGCGAACGGACAUUCCUCCCUGUUGCCCGUUCACAGGAAAGGGCGGCAACACGUGCGCUUGGCUCAGGUGCAUGCAAAUGCAGCUAAAACAGUUGUAGGGGGAUCUUAUUUUAUAGCCAGAAUGUGCCCCAGAAAGCAGCUAGCAAAUAAAUGCCUAUCUCUGCAGUCGAAGGACACACCACCGUAACCAUUCUUAGGUUACUUUGCAUGUGUCAUAAGAUAAAGGGCAUUACCGAAUAGUUGAAAAUGCAGGUCUAAAGGACAGAUAUUUAAAAUGUUAGUCUGUAUGUUAGUAUAAAACAGCGUAUUAGCUGCUUCGUUUGAGCAUUAUAUAGGCCCAGUCCCUCUAAAAUUAAUGGGAAAUGAGUUAUAUUUAGAUUAUGGCACUAUAUGAUAGUUUAUGCAAGCAUCUCUACAGUAUGGUUCAACAAAGGGCAAUCCUAUGCAUGUUUGGAUUGAAAAAAGAGCCCAAGGCCUGGCAGUGAAAUGCUAGGAGGCCCUGGACUCCUUUCUCAGGCUCAAUAUCCAUCCCGCAUCAGCUGGAGUUUGGUAGCUUGGAAGAUCAUUUUUGGUCAAUCAUUUUCUGUCUACCAGCAGUGGCUCUCAUUGCCCCAAGAAAAUGGCUGGGAAAUUCGUAAGGUAAAUUCUAUUUCCCAAAGCAGCCUUCUGCAGUCUGGGGCCCUCUAGUUCCAUCAGCCACAGCCUGUUGCUGGCUGGAGAAGGCUGUUCCAGAGCGUAAAAGAUCCCUGCCUUUCCAUGUGCUGCUUUUCCUCCCUUUAAACUUCUGCCCCGUCUUCUGCUCAGUCAGUCUUUAUUCAUAUUUAUAAGUGACUAUGGAAGAAUAUUUUGAUAACCUUUAAGAAGAGAAAUUAGCUUUCUGCCUUAAAUAGAAGCUUCUCAAUUUCUACUACUUGGUCUAUCUUUUGUAGAUGCUUUCAAAAGACACUUUUGUAUAGACUAUCUCAGUAGCCAGUUUCUUAUAUUUCUAACCAGGGUAAAAAACUGUUGUUUUUCCAAGUAAUCUGUUUUGCUGUCCUUGGUUUACCUUGUCAAGUCAGAAUAGAUAUUACUCUUGUAGAACAGUCACCUCCCCCCCCCACCCAACCUUUAGAGUCCUUGUUUAAUACCUGUUUUAUCACUGGUCCUUUUCAAUAUAUUUGUUUUGGUUAGCCAUAGAUUAAGACUGCGAUUCUGCAGCAGCUCAGCCAGCAUAUCAAGCUGUAGGAUUUGCAAGUGUUUCCUCACAGAAGAAAGCGGAUUCCUCCAUGGUAGAACAGGGCAGGAAAGGGUGGAUCUGGGAAGCCCUGAAUCUUCUAGAUCCAAAGUCCUUUUGUUCCCAACAGCUCCUGAGAAAAGAUGAGGUAUGUCUUCUAUUAGUGAAAAAUUACAAAGGCCUGAAAACCAGAAAAUUUGCCUCUUUGUUAUCUUGCUGGGCUUAGCAAUUGUCAGUUCUUCCACCCAACUGCCCUACUAUUAUUGUAUGAAGGAAUGUUAGAAUUCUUGUUUUAUUUUGUGGCAUUUAUGCAGGAAAACCCAAGCCAGAGAAGAUACAGAACAAAUUUCUUUAUUCACAGUCACCCUGCAAAAUCCUAUGUUUUAUAUUACUUGUCUUUUUCUUGGAAAAUCAUAAACGGGGGGGGGUGCAUAGAAUGGCUGAUGUCCAGUCAAGCCUGUGAGAUGCCAGAGAUUGAACUACAAUCCCAUCAUCCCCCACUUGGCCAUGAGUACAACUGGUGGUCCAAAUUGCAAGGACCGAAAGUGUCCAUCCUUCUGAAGGCUAUUCUCUUACAGCUUAAUCGUUAUUGUCACUCUGGAACAAUCUGGUGGCAUGGAGGUAUGUGACAAUCUCUGUGUGGGUCCAAUAAAGCAAUGCCAUUCA